UGAUUGUUACAAAAGAGGUCUUAAAAGAUUAGGACGCGCCGUUAGGAGGUCGGAACUCACUUAAUAGGGGAAAUCUUAAUGACCAGCUUGGUCAGAUAGAAAGUACAUAGAGUUAUAUGGCAAGACAUACCGAGGUGUAUGUACGUACUCCUUAUUUGCCAGGGGUCUUCAGGCCAUGUCACUGUACCCCAGAAAUGGCCCCACAUAUAAUACACCUAAAACCACCACACCACACCACACCAGAGCAAAAUAUGGAUAAGGUGGAGCUACAUGCCAGAAAAAUAUGUAAUAGGUGUAUUCGAUUAUGUAAUCACACCCGUGUACACCAGUGUACACAUGGUGUAGUGUAUAUCAACCCUGCCGCCACCUGGGCAAAGUGCCUCAUCGCAUACAGCCAGAGCUGCCGCCGGCCGAGGCUGAAGAUCUCUCCCGGAGUCGAAGGCGCCGGUCUGGUAUCAAAGAUUGCUUAUUCCUUCUCAACUACCAGCUGGCUCCUCUUCCCGUGCUCGUCAUCCUCUUGGCGAAAACAUUGUUGCAGGGCAUGGUAGAUCGUCGUCUCGCUACGCCCGGGAAGGCCAAUGACGUGCCGGAUGUUAUUCGCACAGGGCCAGAGAUACAUGGCAUCCGCAAAGAACGAGCGCAGGGAGGGAACGAUGCAGUCUAU